CUGCCUUAAAGGGGCCGCAGCGAAGCUCCGCGUCCCCCCGGGGGGGGGCUCACCGGGCCGCCGCCGCCGCCGCUCCAAGCCCCGGUACCGGCGGCGCCGUGAUGGAGCCCACGGCCUCCCGGGUGUUCUGCGGGCGGGUGCUGGGCAUGGUGAACGCCGAGGACGUGAACGCCAUCAUCCUGGCCCAGAAGAACAUGCUGGACCGGUUCGAGAAGACCAACGAGAUGCUGCUCAACUUCAACAACCUGUCGAGCCUGCGCAUGCAGCAGAUGAGCGAGCGCUUCGCGCACCACACCAGGACGCUGGUGGAGAUGAAGAAGGACCUGGACAGCAUCUUCCGCAGGAUCCGGACGCUGAAAGGGAAGCUGGCCAAGCAGUACCCGGAGGCUUUCAGCAACAUCCACGAAUCUCCCAUUCUGGAAGACGACGACGACUUUGACCCCGUUCCCAAAAGCACCACGACCACCAUCGCUACCUCGGAGCAGAGCACGGAGUCCUGCGACACCAGCCCCGACAUCAUCUCCCCCACCAUGAGCCAGGAGUUCGAGGAUCUAUCGCAAGGCCACUACGAUUUCCCGGCCGUGAACGGACAGAGUCUAACAGACGAGGACACUGCCAACGGCCUGGACUAGGCGCACGGCCCCGCCGGGGCCCCGAAGAACUAUCUCGUAUUUAUAUUCGUGUGUUCCUUUGGGCGUUUAUUUCGGGAAGAGGGAAGCGAUGGCCGAGCGAAGAAGCUCGGGAGGACGGAUCCCCUUCUGAUGGAUCCCCUUCUGCCUCUAGACCGCCGCUGUAGCAUAAACCCCACGACUUGAUACGGGGAAAUCAGUAAAAAAAAAAAAAAAAAAAAAAAGGGUUUAA